AUUCAAUGUUAUGCUAAAUCUUAGUCUGACAUUGGAAUUUAUAGAAUUUAACUGUAUUUCUAUCCAUUUCACAAUAUUUUAACACAAUCCAGUCCAUUACAAAAACCUGGUGUAUAGUGUUGUUAAUCGACUGCAUUGCUAGAACAAUUUAUAUAUGCACAAUAUGCAUUGAAAUAUUCCUAACCAAGAAAACCAAAAACAUCGUAUCGCCGUUGUCGAUUGUCCCAUUUGAUAGUUGCCAUGACUACCAGAACUUUAUCAUUCUUGUUUUAUGAUCGUGUCGAUGGCAAUAAGUUUCUUAUUCUUGUUCCUUAAAAACUGCUGCAGGGAUGCGUAAAGAGAGUUGAACUUGGAGUUUUCGUUGUUGUUAGAGUUGAGAUUAUAAUUAGUAGAGCCAAAAACAGGGCGGGAUCGAAGGCUUUUAGAAUUAUCCGACGCUUUUUCGAGGCUUGGCGUCUCAUCAUCAGCCACAACUUUGUCUUCUGUUUCUUGGGCCGGCCCUUGUGAUUUCACGAGAGCAUCAACUUCAAUCAUUUUCCAGAAACAAGAGUCAUCGUCAUCGGCAAUAUCACACGGAUCUUGUUCAGGGUUCUGCGUUGGCAAUCAGUUCAGAAAAUAGUGAGCUGAAUAGCAAAUUGUCAUUUUCGUUGUUGUUGGUGUUGAUCAACGUCUCUGAUGAUGGACGAUUCAUCAAUGGUCGGUUAGGUUUCAUUGCGACCAUUGGACGAACUAGCAUUAAUGGUUGAGGCCAUGCUAACUAAUGUGAUGAUAACUGAUGCCUAUAGAAUUAAUGGAAAAUUGCUCACUAUUUGUUCUAGGACGCUGCUAUUAAUUUUUUAAUCAUUUUUUAGUUACCGUUUAAUGCAUGUUUAUUCGCAGAAGUUGUGGUGCAGGAGGGUGAGGACGACGAUUGUGCUGAAUUUACACUGACAGACGAAAUGCUUUUAUACUAAAACUGUUUCUUCCGAUAUUCAUUUCCCAUUGUCAAGGUCCUCGGCGAGAGACUUUUAUUUUUAUCUAGUUAAAAUUAUCGUUAAUCUGGCCAGAUUAACUACGCGCUUGUCAACCCAAUUAAUUGGCUGGAAUUCAUGAGGAACCAUUACAUAUUACCUGAAACCUUGUGAUGACGGGAAGUUUAAACCGCAAACUGAACACCACAGCAACUAAAAAUACACGGCCUUGCAAUUAAAACUAGCAGGGUUUUGGCUGUUUUCCGGCAUGCCACAUCGUCAUUUCAAAGUUUUCCUUUUAGAAAGCAAAGAUGAUACGAAGGAACCCAAGUGCACUGAUUAAACAAAGGACCCUUCCAAAUGGUGAAGUUUUGCGAAAUAAUUAGAAGCUCAUUCCACAACCACUUUGAUUCAAAGGUGCACUGUCUGUACGCCACUUGUAUAUAAAGACGCACUAAAAGUCAUCAAAGUCACCACAAAUUUCCAGUUUGACUUCAAAGCAUUUCCAGCUCUUUUCCAUUUCAAUCAAUCACUAUGAGGAUUAUUGUCGCUCUUUCCGCUCUUGUUUUGGCCGUGUGCAUCGUGACGAGCCAAUGCAAACCGACGGGAAACACCAACAUCAACCAAAAUAGCAACGCAAACUCCAAUUUUGAUUUCAUAUCGAGUUUCCUUAGCUCCGUGUUGAUCCAACAAAGAAAAGCCAAGGCUAUCGCAAGCCGAGCUAAAGUUGAAUCUCCCGCCGCCGUAAGCAUCGCCCAGCCAACGGCCGAGGCCCAACAAGACGUUAAACAAACCGCUGAUGAAUCCCAAGCACCGGCCGAGGACACCGUGGUGGAUGUUGCUUCCACCGAUGAAUCUGCCCCGCGCUCUGAGCCUCAAGAAGAUGCACCCUUAGAUGAGGAUCAGUUUAUGUUCAUCCAAUCGCGUAUGGCACAAGACUUUUAAACUCCCUCAAAGCCAUUUGACCGAACGCUAUCAUCUUGACAUCCGUUGAUCUGUAUUUUCACCAUUAGAUGCUGAAAAUGAAAAACUGUGUACAGCAGUUCUUUGAUUUAAUGGCAUAAUUGAAUAAAGAAUUAUAAUAGAGAA